AUUUGGCUACAGAACACACUGGGAGUUCCAUAAAUUCUCUACUGUAUAAACAGAAAAUAUCUGCAUGACCAUACUUGCACACACAUUGCAGGGAGUGUAAUAGGAGCAACUUUAAAUAAAAAACAACAGCAUUUAUUUCAUACUCAAAAACGUCUGAGCCAGAAUAAGUGGCAUUUAUCCUGUUGCAAGAAAAUGGGAGAAAACCAGAAGCAAUGGAGCUGUAAAGAGACAAUCUUGUUGCAAUGCCUCAUAUUGAUGUUCAUUUUGAAGACAGUUUCUGCACAACUUCAUUAUUCCAUUCCAGAGGAGAUGCAGAAAGGCUCUUUUGUGGGAAAAAUUGCAAAGGAUCUAGGAAUGGAUGGAAAUAAUCUUUCAAACCGUGAGCUCCGGAUUCUUACCAGAACAGGUAUGAUUCAGUAUUUUGCUUUGAACUACAACAGUGGUCAUUUACAAACCACUGACAGAAUUGACAGAGAAGAAAUUUGUGCAUGGGCAGAGAAGUGCAAACUAAAUUUUCAGGUUAUUGUUGAGAGUAAAAGAAAACUUUAUGGAGUUGAAGUGGAAAUUACUGAUAUAAACGAUAAUGCUCCCCACUUUCCUCCAGGACAACUGGAGGUGAAAAUUAAUGAAAUAUCUAUAAAAGGGUCUCGGUUUCCUCUGCCUGAGGCUACUGAUCCAGAUCUGGGGAUAAAUUCUGUUCAGAAUUACCAACUCACAGGCAGCGUGUAUUUUUCUCUGGAUGUUCAAACAGGAGAAAAUGGUCCCAAACAUGCUGAGCUGGUGCUGGAAAAACCUUUGGACAGAGAGGAACAGUCAGUUUAUGAUCUAAUUCUUACGGCUAUGGAUGGGGGUGAUCCUGUCAGGACUGGCACUGCUCAAAUUCAAGUCAUUGUUUUAGAUGCAAAUGACAACGCACCAAUUUUUAGCCAACCAGUCUAUGAAAUCAGCAUUGAGGAGAACAUUCCCAAAGGGUCCAUAGUCUGUGCAGUCAAAGCCACUGAUCUGGAUGAAGGAAUCAACGGAGAGGUGAAAUACUCCUUCAAAAAAACCACAAAAAAGGAUUCACAAAUGUUUCUUUUAAAUUCAACAACUGGCAUAAUAACCCUCAUGGGAAACUUGGACUUUGAGACAUCAUCCUUCUAUGAAUUUGAGGUGCAAGCUGAAGACUUUGGAGGACUGUUUGACAGAGCAAAGGUUGAGAUCAUGGUCACAGAUCUGAAUGACAAUGCGCCAGAAUUAACUGUGACCUUUCUGACCAACUCCAUUCAUGAGAACUCAUCAACCGGAACAGUUAUUGCUAUUAUAAAUGUAGAAGAUCAAGAUUCUGGAAUCAAUAGUGAGGUCACAUGCACAAUUCCCAGAAACCUCCCGUUUCAGCUAAAACAAUCCAUAGACAACUUUUAUAGUUUGGUGACAGAUGGCCCCCUUGACAGAGAACAAGUGGCAAACUACAACAUCACCAUCACAGUAACUGAUCAUGGAAUGCCUUCUCUUUCUACAACCACCAUCAUAGCUCUGCACAUUUUAGACACAAAUGAUAACCCACCUCACUUUGCAAGAUCAGAUUACAAGUCAUUUUUCAUGGAAAAUAAUCAGAGAGGAGCAUCCAUAUUUUCUCUAAAUGCAAAUGAUCCAGACUGGGAAGAGAACUCCAGAAUAACUUAUUCCAUCAUAGAAAGUCAAGUGACUGGCUCACCUCUCUCCUCAUACCUCUCCAUUAACUCAGAGACAGGGGUCAUCUAUGCUCUGUGUUCUUUUGACUAUGAAGAGAUCAGGGAGAUUAAGUUCCAUGUCAAGGCUCAGGACGGAGGUUCUCCACCACUCAGCUCCAAUGUCUCAGUGACUCUCUUCAUCCUGGACCAGAAUGACAACGCUCCCCAAAUCCUGUACCCAUCCCUUCCCACUGACGGCUCCACGGGGAUAGAGCUGGCCCCUCGCUCCUCAGAGCCAGGCUACCUGGUCACUAAGGUGGUGGCCGUGGAUGCGGACUCUGGCCAGAAUGCCUGGCUCUCCUACCAGCUGAUCAAGGCCACCGAGCCAGGGCUCUUCACUCUGGGGCUCCACACGGGAGAGAUCAGGACGGCCCGCUUCUUUCUGGAGAAAGAUGCCCUCAAGCAAAGCCUGGUGGUUUUGGUCAAGGACAAUGGGCAGCCUCCAAUGUCGGCAUCAGUCACUGUCACUGUGGUCUUGGCUGACAGCAUCCCUGACAUGCUGACUGAUCUGAGCAGUGUCCCAGUAUCUGAAGACCCACAGUCAGAUCUCACCUUCUACUUGGUGACUGCAGUGGCUUUUGUCUCCUGCUUGUUCCUCGCCUUCCUCCUUGCGUUACUGGCACUCAAACUUCGCAGGUGGAAAAAUUCUCAGCUGUCUGAUAAUGCAAGUUUGAAUUUCAGUGGUGCACCAGUUUCACAGUUUGUGGGGAUUGACGGAGUCCGGGCAUUUCUUCAGUCUUAUUGUCACGAGGUUUCACUGACUUCAGGCUCUCGGAAAAGUCAGAUUCUUUUUCCAAUUGGAAGCUGCACCAAUACUCUGACACCACAACAGGCCUAGGAGGUAAAGGAUCCUAUUUUUGCUACUGGGGAUUUAGAUCGGAACAAUGGAAAUGAAAUCAGAGACCAGGUGUGCUAACUUUUUCUUCUAAUUGUAAAUGUAGUUACAAAUCUUGACAGAUAAAUUUUCCAUUUAUCUCUUUUCUUGACCCUUUUCAAAGCAAUUAGACAUGUUGGCAAUUAUUUUAUUCCACUUAUAGCUAGUAUCUUAUUUUACUAGUGGGGAAAUCUUUAUUGGUUUCAAUCUGUCUUUUCUUAAACCACUGGGGCUUACGUGACAGUAAGGAUUUUAUAUUUGAAAUUUAUUGUGGUUUGGCUCUGUGCAGGAUAUUUGACAAACUACCUACACAAACCAGCCUGCCCACUGUAUUUAUUUCUCAUCAUAGGCCUUGCUCUGUGUUCUGUUGGGUUGCCAUAUAUCCAGAAUUUCCCAGACAUAUCCAAAAUUUGACAGCAUCAUCUGGGCAGAAAUCAGAAAAAUGUUGGGGAAAAUCCAGGCGUAUGGCAGCCCAUGUUGGCAGUUGCGAUCUUGCCCAACAAUUUUUCUGUCCGGAUUUUCACUGUUUGAAACAUGGCAACUGAAGGGCUGAUUGCCUGAGACACAAGCCAGAAGGCACAGUGGGUGGUCUUCUCACUUUGGUGAGUGGCAAGGAGGGGAAAAGAGGGGGAAAGAAGGUAGCAGAAAGAGGGGGGAAAGGGGUGGC